AUGAAGUUUAGGAAAUCGAAAGAUGAGGAGCCUACUGCCCCUGGGCAAGUGGCCAUCAAAAAGAGAUCAAGGGUCCCUGGAGUGAUGAUUACCCAGUUUGUUGAGGAAAUUCCUGAAGGAAUGAGUCAUCCUGACUUUACCCGCAAACCAAUCGCUCUAACAAUCCAAGAAGGAAAAUUUGCGUGUUUCAAAGCAAUAGUGACUGGAAAUCCAACUCCAACUGUAACAUGGAGCAGAAACAAUGGUGAAAUUGCCACAGAGAAGUUCAAUAUAACUUUUGACUCAAGUUCAGGAGAACAUCAGAUACAGAUGCCCACUGUAUCCGUAGACCAGGCAGAUACUUACAAGUGUUUUGCAAGCAAUGAGUUUGGACGUGCUGUUGUCACCACUACACUGAAUGUCAUUGAGGUGGGUUUCAAGAAGAGUAAAGCAUUACAAGAGUCUCGGACAGAGGUCUCAGCAGAUUUGAAAAAAAACCUGAAAAAGACUCGGGCUGAGCGUCAAAAACAGGAAAAGAAGGAUGGGGAGGUUGAUGAAACUUUCUGGGAACUGUUGCUGAGUGCUGAUAAGAAAGACUACGAGCGUAUAUGCGCUGAAUAUGGAGUGACCGAUUUCCGUUGGAUGCUGAAGAAACUGAAUGAAAAAAGGCAAGAAAGAGAAGAGCAGCAGGCACAGUUCAUUGAGUACCUAAGCAACCUGAAACCUAUUGAAGUAAAAACUCCAGGAUGUGCGGAAUUUGAAUUUGAAGUGGACCUUAAGGAUCCAAAUGCACGGAUAUUUCUCUAUAAGGACGGCGUAAUGGUUCCUGUCAGCUCGGACACAGAUGAGAAACAUAGUCUGAAGCAGACUGGCCGGAAGUUUGUGUUCAGCGUGAAUGGUCUUUCAGCAGAUGACGCUGGGCUGUACCAAGUGGAUGUUGAGGGGGUCAAUAUUUUCUCAACAGACUUUAAAAUUCCGACCGUUGACUUCUUGGUGAAGAUCCAGGAAGUGAAAGCCAUGGAGAGAGAGGACGCUGUGUUUGAGUGUGUUCUGUCCCACCCACUUCCAAAGAUCUCAUGGAGUGGGAAGAAUGCCCCUCUUCAGCAAAGUGAGAAAUAUGACAUCACUGUCUCCGAAGACAUGCUCAUCCAUAGACUGGUGGUGAAGGACUGUAUGCAAGUGGAUAAAGGCAUCUAUGCUGCUGUAGCAGGAAUCAAGUCCUGCAAUGCCUGGCUCAUUGUAGAGGCUGACAAUGAUCCAGCUUCACACGGCAAGAAAAAAGCACGUAAAACUACACAGGCUGGCGGAGGUGGUGUUGACCUGGAAAAGAUUGCCCAGGAGCAGCAGGAGAAGUUGCAGAAAGAAAGAGAGGAGAGAAUGGAGCUGUUGAAACAGGCCCAGGCCGAACAGAAGGCUAAAGAGGAAGCAGCUGCAGCAGAGGCAGCAGCAGCAGCAGCAGCAGGGGCAGCAGCAGGGGCAUCAACAGAUGGAGCAGCUAAGCCAGCAACACAAACAAAGCCAAAGGCUAAAGCAAAAGCAAAGCCAAAGCCUAAACCAAAACCAAAGUCAGAAACUGACCAGACCGGAGAAGUUGAAGAGGCAGUGGUGGAAGAGGAAGAUGUGGAGGAGGUAGAGGAGGUGGAGGGGGACGGGGAGGUUGGUCCAGAGGGAGAAGCUGUGCCCGAGGGAACAGAAGGAGAACUCACAGAUGACCAGGAAUCUGGCGAGAAGAGAAAGAGAGUUAGAACUGGCCCUUUGGUACCAGACACUAUCAUUGAUCCAGGAGUGCACUUCACUAUGGGGUUGUCAGACAUAAAUGCCAUCAUAGGCCAGUCAGCUGAGAUGGUCUGUAAACUGAGCAGAGAGAACUGUGAGGGGCUCUGGUACAAGGAUGGGAAAGAGAUACAAUCUUCAGAUGAUGUGACAAUUUUGAAAGAAGGGGUCUUCCACAAAAUCGUGAUAAAAAACUGCAAAGAGGAGGAUUCUGGAAAGUACCGCUUUGAGGCUGAUGGACGUAAAACUGAGGCUAUGCUGGUGGUGGAAGAUCCACCCAGGAUUGAUCCAGAUGCCUUGACCAACUUCUCAGAGCCUGUGAUUGUGAAAGUUGGGCAGAAUGCUUCGUUUAAACUCAGUUUUGUGGGUCGAGAGCCAAUGAAGAUACAGUGGUACAAUGAGGGCGAGGAACUGCUUGAAGACAGCCACAUUAAGAUUGAGAAGUCCUCCAGUCACAGUCGUCUGCUCCUCAGUAAAUGCCAACGAAAAGCCACAGGAGAGAUCAAGAUCAAGAUAAAGAAUGAGUUUGGAACCAUUGAGGCCUUAUCCAAACUCAUUGUACUAGACAGACCCACACCUCCACAAAGCCCCAUAGAGGUGAUUGAAGCCUCAGCUUCUUGUGUGGAGUUUAAGUGGAGGCCUCCAAAAGAUGAUGGAGGUUCUCCUGUAAUCAAUUAUAACCUGGAACGUCAGCAACUGGGACGUAACACCUGGAAGAAAAUCGGUUUGAUUCCUGGAGAGACCUAUUACAAGGACACCGACGUUGAUCAUGGUAGAAAAUACUGUUACCGCAUCAGAGCCAUCACAGCAGAGGGCACAAGUGAACAAAUGGAGACAGAUGACAUUCAGGCUGGAACCAAAGCUUAUCCUGGGCCACCAUCUGCACCUAAAGUGGUCAGUGCCUUCAAGGACUGCAUCAAUCUUGCAUGGACCCCUCCCAGUAAUACCGGGGGAACCAAUAUUUUGGGAUACAACCUGGAGAAACGCAAGAGAGGCAGCAACCUGUGGAGUAUGGUAAACCCUGCAGAUGCACCAAUCAGAGAGAAACAGUAUGGUGUCAAAGAUGUUGUGGAGGGAAUGGAGUAUGAAUUCCGUGUGGCUGCCAUCAACUUCUCUGGUGCUGGAGAGCCAAGUACACCCUCUGAGUUUGUCUUUGCUAGAGACCCUAAAAAACCCCCUGGUAAAGUUAUUGACCUGAGAGUGACAGACUCCACUUACACUACCUUGUCAUUGGGUUGGACUAAACCAAAAGAAGAAGAAGGUGUUCAGGAUGAGGCUAAGGGAUACUUUGUGGAGAUCAGGCCAGCAGAAUGCAUAGAGUGGACACGCUGCAACUCCAACGCCAUCAUUAUAACCUCCUUUACCAUUAUUGGCCUGAAAUCUAUGGCCAUGUACUGGGUGCGAGUGAUUGCCACUAAUGAGGGAGGAGAUGGAGAGCCCUGUGACUUGGAUAACUAUAUCAUUGCAAUGCCUCCACCUGUGAGGCCAAGGUUUACUGAUCGCAAAAUGAAGAGUUUCAUUAUAGUGCGUGCUGGGAAUUCUGCUCGCGUUAACAUCAACUUUGAGGCGUCCCCUAUGCCGAAUAUAUCUUGGCUUAAAGAUGGAAUGCCUGUAUCCAAACGUGCGACUGUCAGCAACACAGAUGGGUCAUCACAACUUCUGCUUCCAUCAGCAGAGUGGUCUGACACAGGAAUCUACACCAUCAUAGUCAAGAACAUUGUGGGUCAAGAGACUUUCAGCACGGAGAUCAGAGUCACAGAUGACCCCAAGCCACCAGGUCCAGUGGAACUGGAACAGAAUGUUCCUGGAACGUUGACUAUUUCUUGGACUCCAUCGCCUGAUGAGAAACGAGAUGACAGGCUCCACUACAUGGUUACCAAACGAGAUUCCGUCAAACGCACCUGGCACACAGUGGCUGACCGCUUGUUCAAUAACAACUUCACAGCUUGCAACAUUUUGCCAGGGAGAGAGUAUAAUUUCCGUGUGUAUGCGAAGAAUGACAUGGGUCUCUCUGAACCUUCAGAGUCCCAAACCUGGGGAGUAGUGAGGAAGAAAGAAAAGUUUACUUUGAACAUGCCAGAGUCUAAGACAUGCAACUUUGAGACCGCACCCACCUUUCUCGUCCCACUGAAAACCCACAGCAGCCCUGAGAGCUACGAGUGCUACAUGAGCUGUGCUGUGAGGGGCACCCCCACCCCCCACGUCACCUGGUACCGCAACAACAUCAGCCUUAACACAGACACCAAUUACCUGAUCUCAAACACCUGUGGUGUGUGCUCCAUGCUCAUCCUCAGGGUUGGGCCCAAAGACACAGGAGAGUACAAAGUCGUGGCAGAAAACACUUUAGGCCGAGCAGAGUGCGUUACUCAUCUCACUGUGAGAGAAUGA